CGCGGCGCCCAAGGAAUCUCGGCCCUCGCGGCGCUCGCUAGCCGGCUUGGAUGGAAAUAAAUAAUGCCAGGCAUCGCCCGUGCCGCGAGGACACUUCUCUCCUCCCACCAUCACCUCCUAAUACCCUCCCUUCCCCUCACUUGAGCUAUGCGCGUCACCCGCGCAGCAGCGGUGCUCGCCCUCGCGGCCUCCGUCCAGGCGAUCUCGAAAAUUAGCCGGAAAGGCCGCUACCUGUACGAUGACAGCGGUUCCCGCUUCUACAUCAAGGGCGUCGCCUACCAGGAGCAGGGCACCGUCGUACAGAGCAGCGACAACAGCUUCGGCGAGCCGUCGACGUUCAUCGACCCGCUGUCUUCGGGGAGCGCCUGCAAGCGCGAUGUUUCGUACCUGCAGGACCUUGGCGUGAACACCAUCCGCGUGUACAGCGUCAACUCCUCCCUCGAUCAUGAUGACUGCAUGAAGACGUUCAGUGAUGCAGGGAUCUACACUAUAAUCGACCUGUCCUUACCUUUGAACGGGUCUAUUGACCGCGCUUCCCCUUCAUGGUCCACAAACCUACUCAACCAGUACCUCACGACUAUCGACGUAUUCUCCGGUUAUGACAAUGUUCUCGCGUACAAUGUUGGAAACGAGGUCGUUAUUGGCGUCAACACGACCGUCGCCGCGCCCUUCAUCAAGGGAGCCGCGCGCGACGUCAAGGCUUACUUGAAAUCCAAGAGCUCCGACGUCUUGGUCGGCUACGCAGCCAUCGACGGCACACCAAAUUGGCGCGACCCGCUUGCGAACUACCUGACGUGCGACCCGAACGGCAAAGGUUCCGGCGACUAUGCUAUCGAUCUUUACGGCCUCAACAACUAUGAAUGGUGCGGUGACUCCACCUACGAGGAAGCAUAUGCGGGCACGAACGGCGAUUACGCCGGCCUCAGCAUCCCGGCGUACUUCUCCGAGUUCGGCUGUGUCGAGUCUGGUCAGACGCGCACCUGGAGCGAAGUCGAGGCGCUGUACAGCGAUGACAUGACCGAUAUCUGGUCCGGCGGCCUGGCGUUCUCCUACUUCCCUGCGGAGAGUGCGGCUGGUCAGUUCGGCAUGGUCACUGUCUCCGAUGACGGCAACAGCAUCACGACCAGCGAUGACUUCAACAACCUGAAGGAGCAGUACAAUAAGGUCUCUCCCUCGAACGACCCGUCUUCCAGCUCGGAUAACUACAUCAACUGCUUCGCCACCAACGACACUUGGCUUGCCUCGAACACGCUCCCUCCCACGCCAAAUGAGAAGCAAUGCGAAUGCUUGGAGUCGAACCUCAGCUGUCAGUUCACACCUGCGACGGCCAACUACAGCACCGUCGUUGGCGAGUUGUUGAACUAUGCCUGCAGCACCCUUGGCUCGCAGGGUGCCAGCUGCGAUGACAUUGGUGCCGACGGCGGCACGGGCACGUACGGUAUUGUGUCCGGCUGUGACUCCACGAUCAAGCUCUCCUACGUGAUGAGCCUGUUCUACGAGGCGAACGACAACAACGCGCAGGCAUGCAGCUUCAACGGCAACGGCACUGUCAACUCGCAGUCCACCGAGUCUGCGGCCUCUGGCGCCAGCGCAUGUGUCUCGCCGUCCGUUUUCACGCCGACCGCACCCGCCAACGAGCCAAGCUCGACUGGAGGCUCUGGCAGCGGUGGUAGCAGCAGCAGUGGGUCGAGCGGCUCGGACGAGAACGCCGCCGCGGAUAUUUGGGCCGACAAGCGCGCUUUCGCCGGCAUGGGCGUCGCUGUUGCUGUCUCCAUGGUCAGCGCCGUCUGGACGCUUCUCUAGGCGUAUACCAGAGAUGGAUUUUCGUGAUCACGUUCAAGUUCGUGUAAUGCAGACUUUGACCACCGCUAUGGACUAUCAGGCUAGUAAUCUUCAAGUGUACCUACUUCACGGCUGUAUGUACUGCGCCUUGUACCCUCGUACUCUAUACCUUAUUGUGCAGAUACUAUUGAGACUUUGUUUGGAACUUUUGUUGCUGUGUUGUGUUGUCAGUUGCUUGCGUCGAAUUGACUCUACGCCACAAAGGUGAUGGCCACCGC